CCGGGCCGGGAAGCGGCAGAUCCGGUUUGUUCAGGGCGGAUCUGAAAUCGGGGUUGGCGGAGGGAAUGUGGGGAGCCGGAUAGGCUGCGGCGGCGGCGGCGGCGGCAUGGUGGGUCCGGAGAAGGAACAGAGCUGGAUCCCCAAGAUCUUCAAGAAGAAGACGUGCACGGCGUUCAUCGUCGACCCCGCAGACCCGGGAGGGACCUUAUGCCAGUGUGGGCGCCCCCGGAGUGCCCACCUGUCCGUGGCGGUGGAGGAUGCGUUCGGGGCGGCCGUGGUGACCGUGUGGGACCGUGACUUACACACCACGGAGAAGCCCACCGACGCCUACGGGGACCUGGACUUCCUGGGCGCCGGCCGCAAGGCCAGCAACUUCCUCCGACUCUCUGACCGCACGGAUCCGGCUACAGUUUAUAAUCUGGUCACGCGCACAUGGGGCUUCCGGGCCCCGAACCUGGUGGUGUCAGUGUUGGGGGGGUCGGGGGGCCCCAUCCUCCAGACCUGGCUGCAGGACCUGCUGCGCAGCGGGCUGGUGCGGGCCGCGCAGAGCACAGGGGCCUGGAUUGUCACCGGGGGGCUGCACACGGGCAUCGGCCGGCAUGUCGGUGUAGCUGUGCGGGACCACCAGACAGCCAGCACCGGGGGCACCAAGGUGGUGGCCAUGGGCGUGGCCCCCUGGGGAGUGGUUCGCAAUAGAGAGGCCCUCACCAACCCCAAGGGCUCGUUCCCUGCGAGUUACCCGUGGCGCGGUGACCCCCAGGACGGGGUGCAGUUCCCGCUGGACUACAACUACUCGGCCUUCCUCCUGGUGGACGAUGGCACCCACGGCCGCCUGGGCGGCGAGAACCGCUUCCGCCUGCGCUUCGAGUCCUACAUCGCCCAGCAGAAGACGGGCGUGGGAGGGACUGGAAUUGACAUCCCGGUCCUCCUCCUCCUGAUUGAUGGGAACGAGAAGAUGUUGAAGCGGAUAGAGAACGCCACCCAGGCUCCUCCCUGCCUCCUGGUGGCCGGGUCUGGGGGAGCUGCGGACUGCCUGGCGGAGAUCCUGGAGGACACUCUGGCUCCAGCGAGUGGAGGGGGCAGGCGAGGGGAUGCCCGAGAUCGGAUUCGGCGUUUCUUCCCCAAAGGGGACCCCGAGGUCCUGCAGGCCCAGGUGGAGCGGAUCAUGACCCGGAAGGAGCUGCUGACAGUCUAUUCGUCUGAGGAUGGCCCUGAGGAAUUCGAGACCAUCGUUUUGAGGGCUCUUGUCAAGGCCUGCGGGAGCUCUGAGGCCUCAGCUUACCUGGACGAGUUGCGUUUGGCCGUGGCCUGGAACCGCGUGGACAUCGCCCAGAGCGAACUCUUCCGGGGUGACAUCCAGUGGCGGUCCGUCCACCUGGAGGCCUCCCUCAUGGACGCCCUCCUGAAUGACCGGCCGGAGUUCGUGCGCCUGCUCAUCUCGCGCGGCCUCAGCCUGGGCCACUUCCUCACCGCCCCGCGCCUGGCCCAGCUCUACGGCGCCGCGCCCCCCAGCUCGCUCCUCCGCAGCCUCCUGGACCAGGCGUCCCACGCGGCGGGCGCCAAAACCCCAGCCCUCAAGCCCUCCGCGGAGCCCCGACUCCCCGACGUGGGCCGGGUGCUCCGGCUGCUGCUGGGUGAGAUGUGCGCGCCGAGGUACCGCGCCUGGGCCGCGGGGGAUCCCCACCGCGACCACGGCUGCAGGGACGGCGAGCGUGGCUGCCUGGAGAGCUCCCAGCUGCUCUGCGUCAGGGCCCCCUCGGAGCUCAUGCUGGACGCGGUGCUCGGGCAGACGCCCUGGAGCGACCUGUUUCUGUGGGCGCUGCUCCUGAACCGGGCGCAGAUGGCCUUGUACUUCUGGGAGAUAGGCUCCAACGCCGUGGCCUCGGCUCUGGGGGCCUGUUUGCUGCUCCGAGUGCUGGCGCGCCUGGAGUCCGAGGCUGAGGAGGCAGCGCGGAGGAAGGAGCUGGCAGCCAAAUUUGAGGGGCUAGGUGUUGACCUCUUUGGCGAAUGCCACCGCAGCAGCGAGGAACGGGCGGCCCACCUGCUCCUCCGACGCUGCCCGUUCUGGGGGGACGUCACCUGCCUGCAGCUCGCCAUGCAGGCUGACGCCCGCGCCUUCUUUGCCCAGGAUGGAGUACAGUCUCUGCUGACACAGAAGUGGUGGGGGGAGAUGGACGGCUCCACGCCCAUCUGGGCCCUGGUUCUCGCCUUCUUUUGCCCCCCACUCAUCUACACCAACCUCAUCACCUUCAGGAAGUCAGCGGAGGAGUCCACACAGAAGGACCUGGGGUUUGACGUGGACGGGAGCCUCAACGGGGAAGGGCCUGUCAGGCCAGCAGCUCCCCCUGAGAAGAUGCCCUUGGGGGUGUUGAGUCAGCCCAGCCGGAGGGGGUGCUCCCCACGCCUGCGGCGCUGGCCCCAGUUCUGGGGGGCGCCGGUGACGGCCUUCCUGGGCAACGUGGUCAGCUACCUGCUCUUCCUGAUGCUCUUCGCCCGCGUGCUGCUCAUCGACUUCCAGCCCUCGGCGCCCGGCGCCCUGGAGCUGCUGCUCUACUUCUGGGUCUUCACCCUGCUCUGCGAGGAGUUCCGCCAGAGCCUGGGGGGCGGCUGGGGCAGCCUGGCCACCGGAGGGCCCGGGCCAGGCCACGGCCAGGCCCCGCUGCGCCGCCGGCUGCACCUCUACCUCAUGGACACGUGGAACCAGUGUGACCUGGUGGCCCUCACCUGCUUCCUCCUGGGCGUGGGCUGCCGGCUGACCCCGGGCCUGUUUGACCUGGGCCGCACAGUCCUCUGCCUGGACUUCAUGGUCUUCACGCUGCGCCUGCUGCACAUCUUCACGGUCAAUAAACAGCUGGGGCCCAAGAUCGUCAUCGUGAACAAGAUGAUGAAGGACGUGUUCUUCUUCCUCUUCUUCCUCGGAGUGUGGCUGGUGGCCUACGGGGUGGCCACGGAGGGCCUCCUCAGGCCCAAGGACCAGGACCUCCCGCAAAUCCUGCGCCGGGUCUUCUAUCGGCCCUACCUGCAGAUCUUCGGGCAGGUCCCGCAGGAGGAGAUGGACGUGGCCCUCAUGGAGCACGCCAACUGCUCCUCGGAGGCGGGCUUCUGGGCGCGCCCGGUGGGGCCCCAGGCGGGCUCCUGCGUCUCCCUUUAUGCCAACUGGCUGGUGGUGCUCCUCCUCGUCGUCUUUCUGCUCGUGGCCAACAUCCUGCUGGUCAACCUCCUCAUCGCCAUGUUCAGCUACACCUUUGGCAAAGUACAGGGCAACAGCGACCUCUAUUGGAAGGCGCAGCGCUAUAGCCUCAUCCGGGAAUUUCACUCUCGGCCUGCGCUGGCCCCGCCCUUCAUCAUCAUCUCGCACGUGCGCCUCCUCUUCCGUCGAUUGCGCAGGCACAGGGCCAGCUUGCCGGCCUCCCCCAACCUCCAGCAUUUUCGGGUCCACCUCCCUAAGGAAGCUGAGAGGAAGCUGUUGACGUGGGAAUCGGUGCGGAAGGAGAAUUUCCUAUUGGCCCGUGCGAGGGACAAGCGGGAGAGUGACUCCGAGCGUCUGAAGCGCACGUCGCAGAAGGUGGACACGGCGUUGAAGCAGCUGAGACAGAUCCGCGAGUACGAGCAGCGCCUGAAAGGGCUGGAACAGGAGGUCCAGCACUGUAGCCGCGUCCUGGACUGGGUGGCCGAGGCCCUGAGCCGCUCUGCGUUGCUUCCCCCGGGGGGGCCUCCACCCCCGACCCCGCCUGGGCCCAAAGACUGAGCUCUGAUGGCAGACUUCAAGGAGUAGCACCAUGGGGAGUUUUUGCCCCCAGAAGAAGGCCUAGCUGGUCCUGGAACCCAGUAUGUGGUGGCCCUGUCUUGAGGUGGGCCCCAUGCCAUGGACUGGAUUGCUGUGGGGACCACUGCAGGAGUCUCCCCAUUCGAACCACAGCAGGCCCGGCCCCUCCCAGAACCAGCCCCACUGUGGGAGGAUCAGCCUCUGGAGCCCAGGCAGGGCCCCUCUGAAGGCCCUGCCACAGCCCGCUGGGCGGGAGAGGGCUACAGGGUCCUGGGGGCACAGGGACCACAGACCGCACUCAGCUCCCCACACUGGGGAAAUAAAGCCACUUGAGAGUC